CGCAUAAAAAGCUCACUUUAACACCAUACCCUGCCUCUUCCCUAAAACCCUAGUUUACUGCUAAAACCCACACUGUAACGUUAUCAGCCAUGUCGUUAUCCAUGUCCAUUUCACCACCUCAAUCCGAAGGCAAGAAGAAGAAAAACCGCAACAAACAUGGCGAACAAGAAGAUUCAACAGAUCAACAAAACAACAAAGAAGAAUUCAUGAUCAAACCUCAGCAGGUAACACCUUCCAUCGACACUUCAAGUUGGCCGAUACUCUUGAAAAAUUAUGACCGGCUUAAUGUCCGUACCGGUCACUACACCCCCCUUCCCUCCGGUCACUCACCCCUCAAACGUCCCCUUGUUGAAUACCUCAAAUACGGUGUCCUUAACCUUGAUAAGCCUGCAAACCCUUCUUCCCAUGAAGUUGUUGCUUGGAUCAAGCGCAUUCUUCGUGUUGAAAAAACCGGUCACAGUGGCACUCUUGAUCCUAAAGUCACUGGUAAUUUAAUUGUUUGUAUUGAUAGAGCUACCAGACUUGUUAAAUCUCAACAAGGUGCUGGUAAAGAGUAUGUUUGCAUUGCCAGACUUCAUGCUGAUGUUCCUGAUGUUUCCAAGGUAGCUCGUGCUCUUGAAUCCCUAACUGGUGCUGUUUUUCAAAGGCCACCUUUGAUUUCUGCUGUUAAGAGACAACUUAGGAUUAGAACUGUUUAUGAAAGUAAGUUGCUUGAAUAUGAUGCUGAGAGACAUUUAGUUGUCUUUUGGAUUUCGUGUGAGGCAGGUACUUAUGUUAGGACUAUGUGUGUUCAUUUGGGUUUGGUUCUUGGUGUUGGUGGUCAUAUGCAAGAGCUUAGGAGGGUUAGAUCUGGGAUUAUGGGUGAGAAGGAUAAUAUGGUUUCUAUGCAUGAUGUUAUGGAUGCUCAAUCGGUUUAUGAUAAUUUCCGUGAUGAGACUUAUUUGAGGAGGGUUGUUAUGCCUUUAGAGGUUCUUUUGACUAGUUAUAAGAGAUUGGUUGUUAAGGAUUCUGCUGUUAAUGCUAUUUGUUAUGGUGCUAAGUUGAUGAUUCCGGGUUUGCUUAGGUUUGAGAAUGAUAUUGAGGCUGGUGAGGAGGUUGUGCUUAUGACUACUAAGGGUGAAGCUAUUGCUCUUGGGAUUGCUGAGAUGACAACUGCUGUUAUGGCUACUUGUGAUCAUGGCAUUGUUGCUAAGAUUAAGAGGGUUGUUAUGGAUAGGGAUACUUAUCCAAGGAAAUGGGGUUUGGGUCCUAAGGCUUCAAUGAAGAAGAAACUGAUUGCUUUAGGGAAGUUGGAUAAGCAUGGGAAGCCGAAUGAGAAUACUCCUGAAGAGUGGAUGAGGAAUGUGGUUUUGCCUGCUGGUGGGGAUAGUGUGAUUGCGAGUAUGGCUGCUGCUCCUGCAACUGAAGGUGGGAAGAAUGAGGUUGACGGGGAAGGGAAGAAAAGAAAGAAACAUGAAACUGACGAUAGCCCUGCUCCUGCCAAGAAGGCAAAAGUUGAAAAUGAAGAAAAAGUGAAGACAAAGAAAGUAGAAGAAGCGGAUGCAGAGGUCGAAGAUGAGAAGAAAGAGAAGAAGAAGAAAAAGAAGAAGGAUAAAGAGAACGCAGAUGAAAAAGAAGAGAAAGAAGUGGAGGAGAAGGUUGAAAAGGAGAAGAAAAAGAAGCACAAGGACAAGGCUGAAGAUGUUACACCCGAAGUGGAGAAGUCGGAGAAGAAAAAGAAGAAGAAGGACAAAGAUGCUGCUGAGAUUAGUAACGGAAAGGACGAGAGUAAUGCUGAUCGGAGUGACAAGAAGCACAAGAAAAAGAAAAACAAAGACACCCCGGAAGAAUAAAUGAAGACAUGAUUGGGUUUUGGUUAAAUGAACUAUAAUUGUAAUGCUAUUUCUUUCUCUUUUUUCAUAGUUUCACUUUUAUUUAGUUUGUUGUUUUUUAUUCAACUUUUUUAUAUUUAUCUGGAGCUGUUUCUAAUCCCCCAAUUAUCAAGUUUUUGGAAACGUGUAGUAUGCAUUAUCAAAUGAAAUAGCUUUUCCUAAUAUUGUUCUAGUAGGUUUUAGUGAAAGAUUGUAUUAGCUACUUGAUGGAAGAUUCUGAUCAUUAUGCUGGCUGUUAACAAUAUUUGCAGAGCUUCAGUAACCAUUGGCAUUUUUUCCUUGAA